CGCUCUUCCUCAUAUCUCUCCCAAACGCAUUUGGCUUCCACUCUAAUCCGAAGCGUUCCCACGCGCUCAAUUGGAACAUACCAAACAACCAUGUCAAAGAAUGGAUUUCUCCUAAUAAGAGGGAAAGAAUGGAGCCUGAACACGCACCGUUACACGGUGCUGUUGAUUACGUUCGUGGCGUACGCGUGCUACCACGCGUCAAGAAAGCCGACGGGGAUAGUGAAGAGCGUGUUGUGCCCGGAGCAUCAGAGGGCUCGGCAGGGGUGGAGGCCAUUCAACGGUCACGAUGGGACGUCGAAGUUGGGGGAGAUCGACGUGGCGUUUUUGGCGUGUUACUCUGUCGGAAUGUAUGUGGCGGGGCAUUUGGGAGAUACCCUCGACCUUCGGUUGUUUUUAGCGACGGGAAUGGUGGGGAGUGGAAUCUUCGUGGGGCUAUUCGGAAUGGGGUAUUUCUGGAAUGUUCAUGAGUUUUGGUUCUACCUUUCCAUGCAAAUGAUUGCAGGAAUGUUUCAAGCCACGGGUUGGCCUUCCGUUGUGGCUGUUAUUGGUAAUUGGUUUGGGAAGAGGAAGAGGGGUCUUAUAAUGGGGGUUUGGAAUGCCCAUACUUCUGUUGGUAACAUUAGCGGUUCUCUUCUUGCUGCUAGCGUUUUGGAUUAUGGUUGGGGCUGGUCUUUUUUGGUUCCUGCAGCUUUUAUUAUUUUUGGUGGGAUUAUUGUUUAUUUGUUCUUGGCUGCUUAUCCUGAAGACGUUGGCUUCUCUUCCAUUCAUGGUGAUGAAGAGGCUCAGAGGAGAAGAAGUGUUGGUCUUUCCAGAGAAGGUUCCGUCAGUAAGAAGAGCAUUGGCCUUCUCGAUGCGUGCUUGAUUCCUGGUGUAAUACCUUUUGCUUUGUGCCUUUUCUUCGCCAAGCUUGUUGCCUACACGUUUCUUUAUUGGUUACCAUUUUACUUGACUCAGACAGAAAUUGGAGGGAAGUAUAUCUCAGUUAAAUCUGCUGGAAACCUUUCAACGAUGUUCGAUGUAGGGGGUAUUGUUGGGGGUAUUCUUGCUGGGUACAUAUCUGAUAAACUCAAUGCCCGUGCUAUAAUAGCGGCCAGUUUCAUGUAUGCAGCCAUUCCUGCCAUGCUUUUAUACCGACAUUAUGGAAGUGUUUCUAUGAAUGCCAACAUUGGACUUAUGAUAGUGACUGGAUUAUUGGUAAAUGGGCCUUAUGCACUUAUCACCACUGCUGUUUCAGCUGACUUGGGUACACACAGUUCUCUCAAAGGAGAUUCUCGAGCUCUAGCUACGGUAACCGCUAUUAUAGAUGGUACUGGAUCAGUUGGUGCAGCUCUUGGCCCUCUUCUUACAGGGUUCAUAUCAACAAAGGGAUGGGAUCAGGUUUUCACUAUGCUAAUUAUUGGGGCUUUUAUUGCCGGGCUUCUUUUGUCACGUUUGAUCAUGGCUGAAAUUGCAGAAAAAACUGGCAAAACUUUAUCCAGCGGACAGCAAAAUCCUCAAGCCACUGCAUCUCAACCGCUUCUGGAGGAGGAAAGGUGACACUGAUCAGGACCUGAUGAAUUGUCAAGCAUAAUGCUCAAAACUUGGGUUUUAAUAUGAGAAAGUAGUAAGAUUUUGUUAAUGACUAUGACUCUAGCUUGCAGAUAGCACCCACUUCAUUGUUCAUGUUGCUGAUGAGCAAAUGAACAAGUAGACUUACAUCCAUUCAUUCAGCUCUCCGAUCAGUUUGUUGUCUAGUCUCUAGAAGGUUUCCAAUUAAAGGAGGAUCAUGGCUCCACAAUUGGGAAUGGAAAUUGCUUCCUUUCUCAUGGUGAAUUGACUUUCCUAAGGGGAUUAAUUGUGGAGGCUGAUACUGCUUCUACUCACUUCGUGACACUAGAUCUUCCAAACUGAUUUUACAUGCAGUUUGCUUUUUGCCUUAAUUCUUGUGUCACAACACACAUUUAUGGAGCCUCCCUUUUCAAUUUUGUAGCAGAUUAGGAUAUACACCAAAGUUUCACAACCUGAAUCCCCCUCCACCCAUCUCAAAUCUUGUUAUCAUCAGAUUUCGACAAUUUGACUUGUGUAUGCAAAUAAAUAAAUUAAUCACGGUACACACUAAUUAUGAUACGUGUGUUUAGUCUUGUUUGUAAAUCCUGCUUGAUAUAUGAGUAACGGGUAGAUCAUUAUUUUCUGGUCAGCAUUUUAGGCUACCUUUAUGAAUUACUAAGGAAAUUAUUCGAAGGUGAGAGCUAACUGAUAAAGAUUAUGAACAUGA